AUGAUCAACAUGACGAUUGCCGCGUCCACCGACCACGACCACCUCCUCCCGUACCCGUUCGUGGUGAUGGACAUCCUUGAACGGUUCAAGGUGACCACCACCGUUGGCCCACUCACAAAGGCCACGAAGAUUUGGGCGGUCAGCACCCAAACCUUCAAGAAGCGGUCGGACAACGCCGGACCAGCCACUGCCGUGCAACGGCGCCGUUCUGCUGCUGGCCCAGCCGAAGCCCAGGCCCGGGCCAACCUUGCCUCCAUCGCCGACUCCCUCAACCGGCUUCACUUCAAAGUUGACGGGAUGGAAGGCUACCUUGAGCGGCUCGACGAGGCUGUUCAACGCCAAGGGCACGCCAUGAACGCAUACUUCCAACGCGUUAACUACGUCCCCCCACCGUACCAUGGCACAUUCUUUGGGCAAGUGUACGGUGACGAGGACGAAGAGGAUGGCUCCUACGCCCCGUCAAGCUCCCCGGACGAGGACGAGUUCGACGACACCGUUGACGGUUUUGAUAAUGCCAAACCACCGCGACAUAUCGAAGCAAAAGUGAGCAAAACUAAGGCGAAGGAACAUGGCAUGAUGACUUGAGAACCAAGAACCCAGAAUCAAGAACGAAGAACUAAAAUCGUAUUGAGUCGGUCUAAAUGUGAUCAAGACCGGCACAAAAUUCCAAAUCUCUUUUAUUCUUUGUCCAAUUGUUUAUGGAGUUUGUCCAAUUGAGCAAGACCAGUGUAAUAACCAGCGUGCCAAAAAUAAGUCCCAUAAUUUUGAGACCCUCUCUAGUGGGUGGGCCACUGGGAAUUAUCUCUUUUAUUCUUUGUCCAAUUGUUUAUGGAGUAUUGCCUGUGAAUCAAAUAUGCCCACCAAAUAAUUUGAAAUUGAGCCUGCACCAGCUGUAUUUGGAUCAUAUC